AUGCCUCAACAACCAAUGAAUCAAGCCUCUUCAUCACAACAUCCUAGGCCACUAGCUCCACCAGACAGACCUAAUGAAUUACAAGUUGCGUUAUUGACUCUUACCAACACUCAAACUCAAUUUAUGACUGAGACCAGAUCUUCUAUCAAAAAUCUUGAAACACAAUCUAGUGUAAAACAAUCAGUGGUUCAGAAUGAAGAUUUGGGUGAAAAGUCUGAUACAGUUGAGCAAGGGGUUAUUAAAGAUCACAAGAGCACAGAGAAGAUUCCUCUAGUUGUUGUUGACCAGCCAGCCCGAGUUCCGUAUCCUCAGAGGCUUAGAAAAACUACUAUUGAUAAACAAUUUUCUAAGUUUUUAGAGGUGUUCAAAAAGCCGCACAUCAAUAUUCCUUUUGUUGAGGCUUUGGAGAAAAUGCCCAGUUAUGUAAAGUUCAUGAAAGAGAUUCUGUAUAAGAAAAGAAAGAUGGAAGACUAUGAAACGGUGGCGGUCACUGAAGAAUGUAGUGCAAUAUUGCAAAGGAAGUUGCCCCAAAAGUUGAGAGAUCCGGGGAGCUUUACUAUACCUUGCACAAUUGGAAAAUUUGAGUGUAAGCAUGCCUUGUGUGAUUUGGGGGCGAGAAUUAAUCUGAUGCCCUUAUUUGUGUUCAGAAGACUUGGUUUGGGUGAAGCAAGACCAACAACAGUUACUCUACAAUUGGCAGAUCGAUCGGUGAAGCAUCCACAGGGUAUCAUUGAAGAUGUCCUUGUGAAGGAGGAUACAGACGUGCCUAUAAUUCUUGGAAGACCAUUCCUAGCCACGGGCCAAGCUCUCAUUGAUGUUCAGAAAGGUGAAUUGAAGCUUCGAGUUCAAGGAGAUGAGGUGGUAUUCAAUGUCUUCAAUGCAAUGGUGUAUUCAAGGGCUAGUGAAAGUUGUUAUAGUGUGAAUGUGAUAGAUAAAGCAGUCUCGAAAAGAAGGGUGAGUAGUGAUGCCUUAGAGGCGAUGUUGAUAGGUGGUGAGGAAGAUGAUGAUGAUGUCGAGAUGAGAGAAUAUGUAAAUUGGAUUAACUCUUACCAACCGUACAGGAAGAAGUUUGAAGAUUUGGCGAAGGGACCCAAACGACCAUUAACAUCUAUUCAGCAGCCACCACAAUUGGAAUUGAAGGCUCUUCCUGUGUUACGCAUACUUGGGUGA